AUGGGCCGGCGAUCCUCCUCAGCAACAUCCAUCGCGGGGCCGAGCCCUCGAAGACGCAAAGCCGCCGCCAAAACUGGCCCACCUGUGCGCGAUGGCUGCACGUGGGCGCAGUGUGCCUGCUAUUUCUCAAGAUUCCUCGCUGCUACUCUGAGUAGCCUUGUUCUCAACACGGUGCUGUUCUCGCUGAGCGUGUCGAUUAUACAGGGCGACAUUGCGUGGACGAGUAAGCACCUGGACUCAUGGGUGCAGGUUGUGGCGCUACUGUCAUGGAGAGUGCUAGAGAUGGGCGUCGUGUGGGUGCUGGAUUAUGAUGCCCGGGAUAUCGCCAGCUUCAUUGGAUUGGUCAACCUACCGACUCACGUUCUCCUAUAUAGCUUUUACGGCCUCCGUCCAACCACCAUUCUCACCGUCGCCGCGAUAAAUAUCAUUUCCGCCACCAUACCAUUCCUCUACUUCCGCCCCACCAACACCAUCCACUCCGUACCCCCCUCCUCCGAGCGCGCCAUAGUCACCGACCGCCAGACCGCAAUCUACACCACCGUCGUCGCCGCCGCCCUAUACGCCGUGGUGCUCUUCCUCAGCUUCGCGACGUGGCUGCCCACCCACCUCGUGACCUACUUCGACGGCCUCCCCAGCCUCGAAAUCGCCUUCGACGGCGCCAAAAGCCUCGUGCCGAUGUUCAUCGGCCUUCUCCCUGCCGGCUACGCCACCCGCGACUUCCUCUUCGUCAGCUCCGCCGGCCAGCCCUACGCAGAAGAACCCGGCCCGGCCUACCAGGAACGCAGCCACGAACUGUUCGCCGUGCUGCUCUACCGCAAGUACUGGAUGACACUGCCCGCGAAGCGGAGAACGCUCAUCGCCCGCACAAUUGUGCUAUCGUCCAUGAGCUUUGCGAACACCGUGGUGCACAGCGUCGGGACGAUAAACGGCGUGGAGCUCAACGGCGCCAUGGGCUGGGCUGCGAUCUGGAAGGUUGCUACGGUGACCACUGGGCUGAUAUACGGAUGGAUCGAUGCCGCGGAUGGCGUGGAGUUUGAGGCUAAGACCACGACGCGCAGGCAAUCGACGAGAACCCGGUCGUGA